CGCCUUUCUGCCCGGACCCUUUGAGCACGUUUUUUUUUAUCCCUCUCGUCGUGCCAUUCGAUCGUCCGUUCCACCGGCCGUUGCCGUCUUCCGCGAGCGUGUGCGUUUUCACUUUUCCUGAUAUUCGAUUUGCGCGAUGCACACCGGCCUACAAAUCACGCACAGCCAGCGGCAGUAACAAUAAUAUAACUAUUACCGUCUCUUAUCGAGCACGACGACGAUUCGAGUUCGGCCCGUCGUCUCUGCGGGUUCCCGAGCCUCGCGGAAAUGAGCGUCUUUCGCGCCAACUCCGAGUGAUAGUUAGGGAAGCUAGUAGGACAAUUAUUGAAAACGAUCCGUACUCCGCACGAACCGCACACGACAAUUAUUAUACGAUUUAAAUACCGCGGUAGUAGGUGACCAUCGUCGUUAGGUUACAACGACUGUAGACGGCAGUGUUGUUUUCGAUAAUAAAGACUCGUCGAUUUCACAGAUAUCCGCUCUAAUUCCUCCGGUCCCCAGCUAUGGCGGACCGGCGAGUGACGUGGUACGUGGCCGCGGUGUCAGCAAUCAUAAUUUCCGUCGCUGCUGGAAUAGGUAACACAGGUGGUCUUAUGUUAACCAAAUUAGUCAUACCUCAAUGGGCGGACUUGAGAAGUUCAGUGACGCUGUAUUGCCAAUAUAACACGGGCGGCGACAGUUUGUAUUCCGUAAAAUGGUACAAGGACGAUCACGAAUUCUUCCGGUAUACGCCCGGGUUGAAUCCACAGACGCUCGUGUUCCACAUGGAAGGCGUAAACGUGGACGAGAGUAAAUCUUCCGCCUCUCAAGUAACGCUGUUCCCAUUGACCAGAACGAGCAACGGCAAUUACAAGUGUGAAGUAUCUACAGAUGCUCCAAAUUUCCCAACAGUCGUCGAAGAUGCCAAUAUGACAGUUAUCGCAUAUCCCGAGGAUGGUCCGAGAAUAGAAGGACUCCGACAAAUUUACUCCGUAGGCGAAUUCUUAGAAGCCAACUGUACAGCCAAAAUGACAUUUCCCGUAGCACAUGUCACUUGGUUCAUCAACAACAUAGAGGUGGACGGUUACCUACUCGAGCGUUAUAAUCCCGAAGUAUCCGAAGGGCCGUUCUACAAUUCCACGCUGGGCUUGCGGUUCCCUCUUAAAAAGGAGUGGGUGGAUAUGAACAAAAAACAGAUGUAUGUCAAAUGCACUGCAAAGGUGGCCGGAGCAGAGACCAAGACAGAUGAAACGAGUGUGCGUCUGCGACUCGUACCCGAUCAGACACUAUCGCAGGAGAGACACAUUCUUAACGCUGGUGCUGCCAUCAACAACCAUUGUGUCAUAAUAUUGAUCAUAUCCGCUGUAUAUUACUAUGAAGUAUACAAUUAAGUUGAAGAUUUAAGUAAAAGCUCGUUUAAAUACAAAAGAUAAAAACACAUUAAAUGUAUAAUCAAUAAUGUGCAAUUAGGAUGAAAAUCUUUUUUUUUUUUGUAAAAUGGCAGUUUUUCUUUGUUGUAACCUGGUUGUCUUGAACACCACUGCAUAAUAAUGAUCUGAACUUAAAAUAUAAAAAUAUUCCUUGUUUGGAGUGAAGUCAUGUACACAAACGUGAUAUACGUGGUAUCAAUUAGAGAUUUCAUACUAUUUUUCAAAGAGCUUUUUAAACUUUUUAUUGAAAGUUCAGGCCUUUGUGUGGGACCGUUAAAAGACUCACCAACCUUAUUAACCUUUAAAUAAUAAUAAUUCGGUUUGAAGUUUUUUUUUUUUAAUUUUUCCACAAACGCGUAAGAAACAAAAACGUGUUUGAUGUAAGUUGAGCGUUAUAAUAAAAAUAAUUCAUAUUUUUCCAUUUUUUUUUUUUUUUUUUUUUUUUUACCACAUUAUAUUUAAAUGUUUUGCAUUGAGCAAACAUGGCGGUGCUGAUUAUCUCCUACCUAUUUAUACCUUAACCUGUUUAUCUCUAAAAUAUCAUAUAAAUUAAUUUGGAAUCUUAAAAGCUUCGGGGUAUGUGAGUACUAGUCAACAAGUAUGGUAAGUGUCUUGGUGAUCGUUUAAUUUUUGUGUAAAUAGUAUUUAUCGUUGUUCCGUACAACUAGUUAUAUUAAAUUAUAUUUAAUAAUAAAUUACUUAUAUAAAUAUAAGUAAUUUUAUUUAUAGUUAAUUGUUAAAAACCUAACGAAAAAAUUGAUAAGGCACACUUAUCAUUUUACCAAUCAAGACUAGUCCAAAUGCAUUUUGUUUAUUCGUAAAACAUGUUAUUGUAUGAUUUGUUUUGUAUAUGUCAGAGUUAUUCCACCCAAAUUUCUCAGUAUAAUUGAAUUUAUUGUAAAUAUAAUUUUGAUAAGUUAUAGAAUU